GGGGGACGCAGGCGCGCGCGCCCCCACUGCUGGGAAAGAGCCCCUCCUCGGCAACAGUGCGACGCCGGCCUGGUGUGGCACGCAGACAGGCGAGUUGAGUUGCUUGCUGAGACAGGGGUGCUUUUUCGAACAGUGUGCUGCCCCGAUUGAGGAUUUCGGUCGGCGCCGUGGACAACAGGUGGGCCACCCACUCAGACACAUCCGCUCGCUGCCGCUGCACUUCGCACUCCGCCCGCCACUGCUGCACUUGUUGCGCCCACCACCGUCAUCAUGCCGCGCUGCUACAUGGUCAAGAAGCCCAAAUACCAGGCGUCGGCCCGCGAUUGUUGGACCCCCCAGGAGCCCCAGGCGCCCGUCAGCCCCACCGAAGGCUGCAUCGCACCCCCGAGUCCCUCGGGGGAGAGCAGCUCGCAUCAUUUCUACCGACCGCUCACCUCGGUCACUCCUUCGCAACACAACAACUACAACAUCCACGAGUUCAUUCCGAACAGCAUCCAGCAGCAUGACCGACCGGCCGACUCAUCGAGCGGAGAGGAAAUUCUCGGCCACGACGGCGGCAUCCCCAUCUUUAGGAUGCGCAGCGCCGAGGAGACGGAGGUGGCGCACGACCUGCUCGAACUGUCCAGGUCGCUGCCGCCUCUGCCUCCGCCCGGACAGGUGUCCGCCGUGCCCCUCAGUUCCAUAAUCGAGCACCAGGCCGAGAGCAGUGACGAAACGCAAGAGCAGCACUUAGACGAGCGGCACGAACCGGUGCUGCACGAGAACAUGGAGACGCCUUGCUACCGAGAGCCGGGCGAGCCGAGCAGACACCACGGACCGCCGCUGACGCCGCCCACGUCUGAGUACUCGUCGGACGCGGAGAACAACAGCCCGAACCUGCAGAUGGAGCACAAGUCAACGUCGACGUCGAGCUACCCAUAUGAGGGAGGCGUGGUCAUGUCGGACGGGCGGUCGAAACGCAAGAGCAUCGCCAGCGUGUCAACGAUGACGAGCGCGGAGGCGUCCGAGGAGGGCGAGGACGAAGACGGCGAGCUGCCACCGCACUCGCCGGCGCACGGUGGCUCCGGCAAGACGCGCUACACGUGUCCCGAAUGCGGCAAGCAGUACGCCACGUCGUCCAACCUGUCGAGGCACAAGCAGACGCACCGCAGCCUCGACUCGCAGUCGGCCAAGAAAUGUCCGACGUGCGGCAAGGCGUACGUCAGUAUGCCGGCGCUGGCCAUGCACGUGCUCACGCACAACCUCAGCCACAAGUGCGACGUGUGUGGCAAGGCGUUCUCACGGCCGUGGCUGCUUCAGGGCCACCUCAGGUCGCACACCGGCGAGAAGCCCUACGUGUGCGUGCAGUGCGGCAAGGCGUUCGCCGACAGGUCCAACCUGCGCGCGCACAUGCAGACGCACUCGGCGGCCAAGAACUUCCGCUGCAAGCGAUGUGAUAAGUCGUUCGCCCUAAAGUCCUACCUGAACAAGCACUACGAGUCGGCCUGCUUCAAGGAGGGCGAGAGCGCCUGCUCCGAGAUCAACUCGUUGGACGGCAGUGAUGACGUCAUGGACUAAUUACCGGCCUCGUCCGUAGUGCGCGCGCGACUCUCUCUCUUAUACUCUCUCUUGAAGAUUUAAUGCUCAAAAAGUAAUUAGCCACUGUAAUAACAGCAGAUGAACAACUAAUUUUGUAUUUAUCUAGUCGGUAGGGGGCAGGUAUGAUAUUUUAGCAACACGAUAGCGAAGCGUGCGUUUCUGCCGUUCUUUCGUCUUUUCGACUACGCUCUUUCUACGAAAAGUGGACAGAACACGAACACACACACAUACACACAUAAACACACACACACACACACUAUUACUAUUACUGACGAAAAAUAAAAGUAUUACGUCGCGCUGGGGUGCUGACUGGACUGCCGAUCUGUGAGGACUUAGAAGCGUGAACAAAAUUAGAGCAAAUUAUCUUUCUAUCGCUACGUACAUUGCCUGUUUCAUCUGUCUGUCUGUCUCUCUGUCUGUCUGUCUCCCUCGUAUAUAAUCGAUAGAAUUUUCUCCUGGCGCGACACUCCCUCUCAACCCCAUAUCACUCAGGUCUCUUUUCUUCCCCUUCCCCGAACGUACUACCUUGCAGACGCUUAGUGGACACGAGAAUUUCCUCACUGCAUUUCUCCGGCUUUCUGUUCCAUACGUACACACAGUUACGUAGAAACAAUGCCGCUCGAAUCGAGUUGACACACUCGCCGCAGGGGCAGGAUCGGGUGUGGCCGACUCGGAACACAUGAACAGCAGCGUUCUGCCCGCACUCGCGACUUUAUGAGCAGAAUAUUAAAACGCAUAUACAUUCCUCCCGGCAUUGCUUGCAUUUCUCUCAGGUGCAGCUCCUUCCUAUACUCAGACACUCCUCCGCCGCGAGGAGUAAUUUUAGCCUCGCGCUCGGCCGGAUGCGGAGCCGCUCGCUGCAGUUAGUUAUUGUUUGUAAUUGCGCCAGACGAGCAAAUUGAUACCCAUUUGCAGCAAUUACCCGUGCAUUAGUCGAGCACUCACCGAAACGCAUCGCCCGAGCGGCUUCACUUCCGCCGAGAGCGCCAUCGAAACGAAUCAAACAGCCAGGUUUUUACAAUGCAACUAACUAUCGUGCGAAAAACGCCGCCGCUCCAGGCAGACAACCGGCAGAGUGUGUUUUCCCCUGAUAUAUUUCCGGUUCCAACAUUCCAAAGCCAAUUUGACGAAUUCAAUACAACGAACACGGUGGUACCAAAAAUUGAACACUGAAUUUAACGACCCACGUACUAUCAUAUCCAUAAUCCAGAAACGAGCUCAUAGUAAAAUAUUACUGUACCCACAAGCAAUACCGCAGACAAAUUUGAGAUUCGUAUAUUUACUAGAAAGCCAAAAGAUUAUCCACUUGAAAAUUUGUAAAGAUUAGGAAGCAUAACAAUCGAAAGCAAUUUAUUGAAAUUAAAAUCAACACUUAAACAAAGACACACACUCACUCACACAGCUGAUAAUACGCUAAAUAAUAAUUCCCCUUGAUUGACUGAAGGAAUUUUUAACUUCACCGUAUUAUAUAGGAUUGUAACGCGUAUUUAUAGGAAUUUAUCAAAACCGGCGCAUUCCAGGCAUAUUAAAGUCAACUUCAGCAAUAUCGUCACGGAAACCAAAUUUUCCCCCGUUUUCAAUUGAGAAACAAACAAAAAACGAGUUGAGAAGAAAAUGUUGAAGCAACGAAGCAUGUUUUACUCUAAUUGUCGCGCUCGACCCGCGAGAGCACCCGGACAAUUUGAUUAGAACACAGUGAUACGGGAUAUUGGAGCUCUGCAACAACCGCAAAGUGUCCACCGUCCUAGCCUAAGUGCUGAAACCCUAGUCACAUAUAUGAUUAUUAUUGUACUUUUUGAUUAUUGCCAACGGGACUAUACAUACUUCGCGAACCAAACGAACAAAGCGCAUCUAGGGAAUAACCAAACAAAUGAAAGAAAACUGUGUUGUAAUCUAAUUUUGUACACACGCAAACAAACAAAAACCUUUGGCUGACAACAAUUUUAUAGCAAAAAAAAGACACCAAACGAGCGAUAUUAACAGAAAUGCAUUUCAAAAUUGAAAAAGAUAAAAAAUUAUAUAGUCACUCUCUUUACGAAGCCAGUGUUGUGUAUCAUUCUCGUCUGUAACUUUAGUGCUUAUACGAUUUGAAUGUGUAUUAAAUUUAAGUAUCCGUGUGUUGAUUUUGAUCUCCAUAUAGUUGGUUGUGAUUUUUACAAUGUGAAAAAAACACUGUUCUAGUCUGCAACGAAGCGAGUAAAUGAGUUCAAGGUCGACUGACGUCACUAAUUGGCCUGCAACAGGUGAAGUAAUUGGGGAAAAAUGAGUAUUCUUUCUAGUUGGGGGUGGGCUAGGGGAUAUGGAAGCCUCGGUGAUUAUACGCAUGGAUCCGUCGGAAUUAUCAUCUCUCCCACGCAGCCCGGAGAAAGGCAGGCUGGCGCCUCCCGUGGGUGCCAUCUUAUGACGCCGAUGGGGGCCAUCCAUAAAUUAGUUUUCGCGCGAUGAAUAUUUCCAGCGGUCCCAGCAGAUCUCGGAUUUGGUAUUCACGCCGAAUUUCGUUUGUCGUCAAUUUCCCGGCGAAGCGUCGGCAUGAAAUAUAAAUCGGGUCGAACCGCAUCAACAAGAAAUACGACACGACUCGCGUGAACUUUUUGUCCAAGAUAUUCAAUGCCCCCCGGGGACGCGGCUCUUAAAAAGACGCACCUAAUAGACACACUUUAGCAGCCGUUUUUAUUAGAAAAGCUGACAUUCAGCCAUGCUAAAGGACAGAAAUUAUUAAAUCGAUUAACCAAGUUUGGCAGCGUUUAGAGCACCAACAUUUUUUGUGCUGCUCCAAUAAUUCAAUUAGUCUAAAAAAAUGAAUCUCGAGCUGCCUAUCUUUUCUCUGGGCAUCAAAUUUUCAUCGGCUCUUUAAUUAUUCUUUAGGCUGAAUCGGCGCACAUCAGUCAAUUAGCCGGCGUCGAUCAGUCACGCGCGCGUCACUCCGCCAUCGAGCUUUCUUUUUCGGGUGCGUGUCGCUUCCUGAAGCCAGCCUUCCCUUUUCACCGGGCUAAAAAUGAAACACUCGAGUGCUCUCCCCCUUUUGUGAAAUGUGUCACGUCGUUGGGCAGAUAAGCGCCAUGCACGAGGCAGAGGUCAAAUAAUGACAGAAGUCUUCCAUAUUUGUCAGUCGAAUAAGUGUGUUUCUUUCUGCAUACAUUUCGUUUUUUUUUUUCGGGGCGAUGAGAAAGAAAUCGGGUAUAAUUUUCGGCCAGAUUCGCUAACUAAUGUAAGAGACAGCAAAACCGUUUCCGAAUUGCAGAGUCAAUAAACGAGCAAAAAUAGCAACUUUCUCCAGAGAAGAACAAUGAAAAUUGCAAGUGUAUUAUAAAAGAAAGCAAUAAUUAAAAUUGAAUUUUUGAUGUUUCAGAGGCUAGAAGUAUACAAGCAAUGUUUGUUACACAUAAUUAUUUAUCGCGAAACUGAUGUGCUGUAUAAAAAUUGCAACGAGAAUACUCUGUAUUGUACUUAAAGGUAUAUUGAACAUUGACCGCAGGAAAUUCGAUCAGAGAUUGCACUAUUCUAGAUACAUCCAAGUUCGAAGGGUUUUUCCAAGGAAACAGCAAAGCGCGCAAUAAAGAAGCAAGCAAAUCGAAAUUCGAAUUUGACUCCAGAUUAACACACGUGUCUAUAUUUUGUGACUUUUAUGUCGUGUCAAAUGCGUGUAUCGAAAAAAGAAUUAAAAAUCUUCAAUUGUUGCUAUGUACGUGCAUAAGUGGUUUAUAAAAGAGAUUGAAUUGUAAACGAUAUAAUUGCGAAGUAACUUGGGCACCAAAAAUCGGCUUCUUGUAAAUCCUAGGACGAUCGAUCGAAUUACAUUUAACAAAAUUUUUAGGGAGUGCGUUGUAUGCAUACAUACAUACAAUCGAACCAGCUGAGAUGAGACGGAUAAUUAUGAUGUACUUAUAACACACAUUACAAUGUAAAACAUGAUGUAUAGACUUACUACGAUGGAUUAUGUACUAUUUGCAAUACUCAUUCAUGAAUUACUAAUAUGGAGAUUCAAUGUAGUCACGAGUAUUAGCGUUCGUCAUUACCAACUAAUUAUGAUUAUUAAAAUUACACAAACAUUCACACAAACACACAUAUUGACACAUUUGAACACACACACGCAGCCACACUAUUAUACAGCCAGUAAAGGAGCACCAAAGUUUUUUAUAUUCUCUUUUGUUUCAAAGUAAAGUCCACGGGAUUUCAAUCCAUUGGAAGUUCAAUUAAAGAGCAGCAAAAGUGGUCCUGAUUUUACAUUUCUUUAAAUGAGGAAAGUAAAAUUUGUGGAUGCUGAACUCGACAAACAGAUUGGAAAGGAGAAAAUGCAAAACUAGGGUGCUCCUUCAAGCAAAUUGGUAAAUCAGUUUUACCUUUUGACAUCAAAUGGACAUGACGAAAUAUUUUGUAUCGCUACUUGUAGAUUGCAUAGCAUUAUUUACCGCAAUUUUCCAAUGUACGACGAAAUGAUGAUUUCGCUUGGUCGUUAUAGUUGCAUCACCGAAAUCGGUUUCCUCGUCGUUUGUUUCCGCCGCCAUAACAACAAAUUGCGUGUUUUGUGUACGGAGGGAUGUUCUCUCCCUCUUUCUCUCUCCAUUUGCGAUCAUUGUAUUUGAUAAUGUGUCGCUGAAAUCGUACUGUUUUGAUUUGCGGGCGCCGACUGCGCGCUGAAAAGCUGACUUGGAUCAUUAUACAUUGCUGCAUGACACUGUGUUUAGACACAUGAUGUGACUUUGAUUUACCCUUCCGCAUUGUCGUCAGCAAAUUGCUAGUCUUGUUUGAUUACGCUGUUUUUAUCCUGAGCAUUCCCAUUUCUGUUUCGAUUAAUUAUUAUAAUCACAUUUAGCUCAUGACAAGCAAUAAAAACUUAAUAUUUUUAAUCUGGAA